AUGGCCACAAUAAUGUCAUCUGGUAGCCGAGAAGACCACAAUUGCAUCCAAGAGCAUGAGGUGCCAGCCAUCCAGCCUAUUAACUUGAUCGAACAGAGCGAGGUAGACAACCUUACUCGCAUAGCUACUCAGCAAUCCCGUCAACAGUCGACCGCUGCUCACCGUCUUAACCCUCUUGCCGAUUACGAUCCAUUGUUGGACCCUCAGUCCCAAAAGUUCGACUUGCGGAAAUGGCUCGUCGCAGCCAUAAAUCAUGUUGAACGUGAUGGCCGUCGUGGCCAGACCAUGGGAAUUGUGUAUAAACAACUCAAUGUUUAUGGAUCUGGCGCCGCACUCCGCUUUCAAGAAACUGUGUCAUCGAUUUUGAGUGCGCCACUACGCUGGCCACAGGUGCUUCGCGAUGCCCGUUCUCCUCGUCGGAGGAUCCUCAAGGAUUUUAAUGGGCUCCUCAAGAGCGGGGAGUUGCUUUUGGUCCUGGGCCGACCCGGCGCUGGCUGCAGUACAUUCCUUAAGUCUCUUUGUGGUGAACUCCAUGGGUUGGAACUUGACAUGAAUAGCGUGAUUCACUACAACGGUAUUACCCAAGAGCGAAUGACGAAAGAAUUCAGAGGCGAGGUAGUAUACAACCAGGAGGUUGACCGACAUUUCCCCCAUUUGACCGUCGGCCAGACCCUAGAGUUUGCCGCUGCGACUCGUACACCAGCUCACCGUUUCGAAGGCAUGUCACGGUCCGAGUUUGCGAAGUACAUGGCGCAAAUUGUGAUCUCUAUCUUUGGACUUAGCCAUACAUACAGCACGCGUGUGGGUGACGAUUUUAUUCGCGGUGUCUCUGGUGGCGAGCGAAAGCGUGUCAGUAUCGCGGAGAUGGCUCUCGCUCGGUCUCCUCUGGCAGCGUGGGAUAACUCUACACGGGGAUUGGACUCUGCUACUGCUCUGAAAUUUGUGGAGUCUCUCCGGCUGCUGUCAGAUCUUACCGGUUCAGCCCAUGCUGUGGCUGCCUACCAGGCCAGUCAAAGUGUUUAUGAUGUAUUCAACAAGGUCAUGGUUCUAUACGAAGGACGGCAAGUCUACUUUGGCCCAGCCAUCACCGCCAAGGCAUAUUUCGAGCGGCAGGGCUGGGAAUGCCCUCCUAGACAAACCACGGGAGACUUCCUUACUUCGGUCACCAAUCCGCAGGAGCGCCGAACUAGAGCUGACAUGGAAGGCCGUGCUCCACGUACUCCUGAGGACUUUGAAAACGCGUGGCUCACGUCCGCCGAGUUUCAACAGCUGCAGACCGAGAUCGUCGCAUAUGAAGAGCAAUACUCAGUCAACAACGAGGCUGCAGCUAUUUUAGCGUUCCAAGAGAACAAACGUGACAGCCAAGCAAAGCACACUCGACCCAAGUCACCCUACAUCAUCAGCGUCCCUAUGCAGAUUAAGCUGAACACGGUCCGCGCGUAUCAACGGCUGUGGAACAACGCAGCCUCCACCGUAUCUACGGUCAUCACCAAUAUCACCAUGGCUCUGAUCAUCGGUUCCGUCUUUUAUGACUCUCCAAAUACCACUUCUGGCUUCACAUCUAAAGGUGCCACUCUUUUUUUCGCCGUGCUCCUCAACGCGCUCACCGCAAUGAGCGAGAUCAACAGUCUUUACGCACAACGUCCAAUCGUCGAGAAGCAUAAUUCAUAUGCCUUUUAUCAUCCCGCCACCGAAGCGAUUGCUGGAGUUGUCGCCGAUAUACCUGUCAAGUUCACCUUGUCCGUGGCGUUCAAUUUGAUUCUCUACUUCCUCUCUGGACUAAGACGGGAGCCGGGUAGCUUUUUCCUUUACUUCUUAGUCACAUUUCUCAUCACCUUCAUUAUGAGUGCUGCUUUCCGCACACUUGCCGCUGUGACUAGGACAGUCUCCCAAGCAAUGGGCUUGGCAGGAGUUAUGAUCCUUGCUCUCGUAAUUUACACAGGAUUUGUUCUCCCCGUACCCAGCAUGCACCCGUGGCUUGAGUGGAUACAUUACAUCAAUCCGAUAUAUUAUGCUUUCGAGAUUCUGAUCGCCAACGAAUUCCACGGGAGGGACUUCGCCUGCUCACAAUUCAUUCCGUCUUACGCCAAUAUGUCCGGAGACUCAUUUUCUUGCUCUGCGCCCGGCUCUGUGGCUGGACAGAUAACUGUUAACGGUGAUAGAUAUAUCCUCUUCAACUAUCAGUAUAGCUAUAGUCAUGUGUGGCGUAAUGUCGGCAUCCUAUUUGCCUUCCUUUUUGGCCUCAUGGCAGUUUACUUUAUCGCUUGCGAGUUGAACUCCUCAACUACAAGCACUGCUGAAGCUCUCGUCUUCCGCCGCGGCCAUGAGCCAGGACAUACGCGCGGUUGCCAAGAAAACUGCAAAUCAGAUGUUGAAAGCCCCGGCACCACACAAGUGGCCCAAGCGACCGCCGAUGGGAGCGAGGAGAAAGGAAUGGCCGCUAUCGAGGCGCAGACCGAUUGCUUCACUUGGCAGCAUAUUUCAUAUGAUAUUGAGGUCAAGGGCGAGCCUCGUAGGCUUUUGGACCACGUCUCUGGAUGGGUCAAACCAGGCACCCUCACCGCAUUGAUGGGCGUUUCUGGAGCAGGAAAGACCACCCUGCUUGAUGUUCUGGCACAUAGAACAUCAGUUGGGGUGGUGACUGGCGGAAUGUUUGUCAAUGGACGUAAUCUUGAUGCCAGCUUCCAAAGAAAGACUGGUUAUGUUCAGCAGCAGGAUCUUCAUUUAGAGACCGCCACAGUUCGCGAGUCAUUGCGGUUCAGCGCUCUGUUGCGUCAGCCCGCUACUGUUUCUAUCCAGGAGAAGUACAGUUAUGUUGAGGACGUGAUCAAGAUGCUCCACAUGGAAGAAUUUGCUGAAGCUAUAGUGGGUGUGCCGGGCGAGGGUCUCAACGUUGAACAACGCAAGCUCCUGACCAUAGGAGUGGAACUGUCGGCGAAACCCAAGCUUCUUCUUUUCCUGGAUGAGCCAACUAGUGGUCUGGACUCGCAAAGCAGCUGGGCUAUUUGUUCUUUCCUCCGUAAGUUGGCUAAGCAUGGACAGGCAGUCCUUUGUACCAUUCACCAGCCAAGUGCCAUGCUAUUCCAGCAAUUCGAUCAACUUCUUUUCCUAGCACGAGGUGGCAAGACUGUCUACUUCGGACCUAUUGGAGAGCAGUCACGGACCCUCCUGGACUACUUCGAGUCUCAUGGCGCACGAAAGUGUGGAGCCAGCGAGAACCCUGCCGAAUACAUGCUUGAUGUGGUGAAUGCUGGCCGCAAUUCUCAGGGGGAGGACUGGUUUGAUGUCUGGAUGCAGAGUCAAAAGAGCGAAGAGGUCCAGGCUGAGAUUGACCGAAUUCAUAAGGAAAACCAGGGCCAGCAUUCUGACACCGAGGACUUAUCCUCCAGCCGGGCAGAAUUUUCAAUGCCUUUCUGGUUCCAGCUUUAUCAGGUCACGUACCGAGUCUUCCAGCAGUACUGGCGGAUGCCGUCCUACAUUAUCUCUAAGUGGGGGCUGGGUAUUGCUUCCGGUCUCUUUAUCGGUUUCUCAUUCUACCAAGCCAAGGCGUCCCUUCAAGGUAUACAGACUAUCGUUUACUCAGUCUUCAUGCUCUGUACGAUUUUCACUUCCCUGGCUCAACAGCUAAUGCCUUUGUUUGUUACGCAACGGUCUCUUUACGAAGUUCGCGAACGUCCUUCAAAAGCCUACUCUUGGAAAGCAUUUUUGGCCGCCAACGUGAUAGUUGAGAUACCCUACAUGUUCAUCACGGGCAUUCUUAUAUAUGCCUGCUACUUUUAUGCCGUCGUGGGCCUCCUUCCAUCCGUCAGCCAGGCCACUGUCCUUCUUCUCUGCGUUCAAUUCUUUAUCUACGCCGGAUCGUUUGCUCAAAUGGUCAUCGCCGCCCUUCCUGACUCGCAAACGGCUAGCGCCGUUGUUGUCCUUCUCUUUGCGAUGUCUCUUACAUUCUGUGGAGUAAUGCAACCUCCAUCUGCUCUCCCUGGAUUCUGGAUUUUCAUGUAUCGUGCCAGCCCUUUCACUUACUGGACGGGUGCCAUGGCUGCGACCCAGGUCCAUGGUCGUCACGUCGAUUGCUCGUUAGAUGAACUUGCGGUUUUUGACCCGCCAUCUGGCCAGACGUGUGGCCAAUACCUUUCGAAGUAUAUUGAGCUUGCAGGAGGCCAGCUGCUUAACUGGAAUGGUACUUCCGAUUGCAGUUACUGCUCGCUCACGGUUGGUGACCAGUACCUUGCCCAGUCCCAAAUCUACUACUCCCAGCGAUGGAGGAACUUCGGAAUUAUUUGGGCAUACAUCGUGUUUAAUAUUAUUAUGGCCGCUUUUCUCUACUAUUUGUUUCGAGUGAAGCGUUGGAACCACGACAAUGUUAAGCAGAAGCUCAAGCUCAUACACUCGAGGUUCUCCAAGCCUCGGGCGUGA